GUUUGAGUUUGAGUUGGUUUUUGUAAUAACCCCCUUCCUCUAAUCACCUUUCUUUCAUCAUCCGAAAAACACCCAUUGCCACCGCACGCGUGCGCUGGACGCGCUUCAACAGUCUCUUCUCCGAUCUCCUUAUCGGGUUCCUUGACCAUACCCGAGGAUCAGGAUCGUUGUGCGCUCGUCUCUCUGGUUUCAUCUAACUCCCAUUCCAAGUCUCUCUCAAUCUUAAACCCUAAGGCUUUUUGUGUAACCGAUUUCAAGCGGGAAUUGCUCUUCGGAGCAUGUGAUUCUUGUUUAAAAAUACGGAGAUGGUUGAUAGUGGCAGCAAGAGCAGGAAGAAAACCAUUACUGAAGGCGACAUCGCCACGCUUUUGCAGAGAUAUGACGCGACGACGAUACUGAGGCUGCUACAGGAGGUGUCGUAUUAUUCCGAUACCAAGAUGGACUGGAGUGAGUUGGUGAAGAAGACAACCACCGGAAUCACCAAUGCUAGAGAGUACCAGUUGCUUUGGAGACAUCUUUCUUAUCGUGACCCUCUUCUCCCCGUGGAAGAUGGUGCUCAACCUCUGGAUGAUGAUAGUGACAUGGAGUGCGAAUUGGAAGCUUCCCCUGCAGUCAGCGUUGAAGCAUCUGUGGAGGCUAUGGCACAUGUGAAAGAUGUCACUUGUACUAGAUUAUAUAAACAAGUUUUCGUCUCUCUCUCUCUCUUUAUGCACCAGGUGAUGGCUGCUUCGUAUGUGCCAAGUGAGUCCGAUAUACUCGACGACUCAACAGUGGAGGCGCCCUUGACAAUAAACGUACCUUAUACUCUACCCGAGGGGACUGAGGAGCCACCAGAGUCGGCUUGGUCGUCGAGAGGGAUGAAUAUCGCCUUUCCCGUUUGUCUACAGAAAGCUACAACUCCCGAGGGGGUGAAUGGGAAUGGUUCAGCGAGCAGCAGCAUGGCUCUUCGCAGGAAAAGGAAAAAAUGGUCUCCCGAGGAGGAUGAGGAGCUGAUCGCCGCUGUGAAGCGAUGUGGUCAAGGCAACUGGGCACAUAUCGUUAAGGGAGACUUUAAAGGAGAGAGAACUGCCUCCCAACUCUCGCAGAGGUGGGCGGUUAUAAGAAGAAGGUGUGGUACAAUGACUGCUGUGAGUCAAUCUGGCCUACAACGAACUGAAGCGCAGAAAGCAGUGAACCAUGCAUUAUCCUUGGCCCUGGGAAAUCGGCCUCCUCCAAAACAAACUUCAGUAGGUAUAUCUCCAACGACUCCAUCUUCUAGCAUCACAGAGACGCAAGGCAAUGAGGGCAACUCUUCUCAAGGUCAACAGCAGUCCAAACCAGUUGUUCAAACAUUGCCCGGGGCAGCAAAAUCUCGAUUUGCUGCUAAAAGAACAGCGGCAAGCUCCACUUACAGAUCAAAUUUAAUGGUAACAGCUAAUUCAGUAGCUGCUGCAGCAUGCAUGGGUGGCGUAUCGACUGCUGCAUUAGUGCCAAAGGUCAGGCCUGGAAAAACCGAUGCUCCAUUAGUGCCAAAGACUGAAGCUGUAAAAAAUGCUUCUACAGCCUGUGUGCCUCCUCCCUCAGGUAGCCUCGUUGUGCCAAAGGUUGAACCAGGAAACACACGGCCUCUAGCCAAUGGAUCCCCGAAACUUGUGACGCCUUCGUCAUCUUCUAUCAAACCUCCCCUUAUGGUUCCUCGUCCAGAAGAUUCUACAAUGAUUUCUGCUUCUACCCCUUUGGCUUCUGCAUCGAAGAUCAUCUCCAAUCAGCUUGUAGUUUCAGCCUCUGCCCCAGUUACCGUAUUACCACCAAAGCCAACUGUAGAGACCGUCACUUGCAAAACAGGUAGUGGACAGAAAGAGCAAGCUCCGGGAGAUGGAGCAAGCUCAUCGGUUGCGAUCCAGCCAAGUAAAACGACCUCAACAAGCUCGGAGAUCAGCAGGGGAAAGCCGGCGACACAGGCUCAGUCCCUUAACAUUUUGCCUAGUAAUAAAAUCCCAUUGGCUCAGACUGCAGUUGUCGGGGAAACAAACCAAAAUUUGGUGGAGAAACCAUCUGAUAAAACUGCAGUGCCAUCCAUCAGUGGAGCAGUUUCGCAAUCUAAAGCCAAAUGUGAAGUAAACAGCAAUGUUGGUUCGGUGAUCAAAGUGAGUAAUGUAUGCGGAAAACCUCCAGAGGUUGUAACUGCGGCAGGGACCGGACAGGGUGUUUAGUUCUUUGACAAAAACGUCUGAUAGUUUUUAUUUUGGAACUUUUUUAUUUGUAAUUUUUAUUAGAGGACUGAAAAAAAGAUAUUAUGUAAAGUAGGCCCUCCCAGUACAUGGUACUAAUUUAUAUGAAUCUCAUACACAUAUACAAUCUUCAAAGUCUAGAAUAUACUGUUAGAUUUGAAUCUCGGAAGCUUUAAAGAAGAUCGCUUUCUCGGCUUCUGUUG